AUGACUGCUUGGAGUUUAUUGAAUAAUGAUCAAAAUAUUGAACAAGGAUUUUUAAAAACCGACACAGAAUUUGAUAAAUCAUGUGCUGGAGUUGAUGACAGUGGUUCAACAGCUACCACACUUACUGUAAAAAGAAUUGGAAAAGAUAAAUUGGAAGUCAUUUGUGCAAAUGCUGGUGAUUCCAGAACUGUAUUACAUUAUAAGGGAAAGACAGAGCCAAUGAGCUAUGACCACAAACCCCAAGUCAACAGUGAAAAGGCCAGAAUUUCAAAGGCAAAAUCGUAUGUGGAAUUUGGUAGAGUAAACGGUACUUUGGCUGUUUCAAGAGGUUUUGGAGAUUUGAGUUAUAAGAAAUACGACAAGUUGCCACAGGAAGAACAAGCUGUCAUUCCACUUCCUGAAGUUAAGAGAGUUGUUGUUGAUUUGAAUGAUAAUAGUGAAUAUAACUUUGCUGUUUUGGCAUGUGACGGUGUCUGGGAUGUCAUGUCAAAUGCUGAUGCAACAAACUUCGUCUUGCAACGAUUGAUUGAACAAAAGAAUGGCACAUACAAACGUUUAACCUACCCAGGUGACCCACCUCAACAACCAUCUUCUGCUCAUGGAUCUGAACAUUCUGGAUUUGAUGCACCAGAAAAUCAAUCACCAACACCUGGAAAAUUUGAUUUAGGAUCAAUUUGUGAGGAUGUACUAGAUCAUUGUGUUAGGGGACUUGACAGCAAAGACAAUGUUUCUGUAAUUAUAGUACUUUUCCAAAGAGAUGAUGACUACGUUCCUCCUCAAGCAAUCAAUCUACCACCAAACCAUUUUGCAAAUAAAUAA